UGUGAAAUGACUUAGGCAUCUAGAAAAGCACAGGGGGUCAGUGCUACAAUUUGAAAGACAGUAAGCCUGAUAAAGGACAGUGGAAAUAAAAGAAGUUUUGUGUGAUGGCUACCCUUUUUUGUGUCAGUUUGGCUAGGUUAUGGGGGCCAUUUGUUUAGUCAAAUGUUAGUCUCGACAUUUCUGUAAAUGUAUUUUGCAGAUGUGAUUGACAUCUACCAUCAGCUGACAUGAAGUAAAGGAGAUUACUCUUGAUGAUAUGCAAAUGCCUCAUCCAAUCAGUCAAAGGCUUUAAAAGGAAAAACUGAGACUUUCCAGAGGAGACUUUUACCUCAAAGGUGCAGCACAGAAACAAAUCCUUUGUGGUUUCCACACUGUUGGCCUGCCUUGUGGACUUCAGGCUUGCUGGCUCCAUGACUAUUGUUGAGAGAAGUAAUUACCACAUAAGAAGUUGUGAGGAUUAAAUGAGCUGAUUAAUAUAAAGUACUUCAGACAUUACCCAGCAUAUGGGGAUAUUAUUAUCACCAUAUUUUUUAAUGGAAACUGAAGGCCAGAAAGUAGCAGUCAUAUACUCAAGGAUAUGAAGAGUGAGCAGCAGAAUUGGGACUAUAUGCUAUUCUCCUGCCUUUUCCACAUCUUCACACCCAAACGCCAGAUUUCUAUGUACAUAACAAGUCUCCAAAGCCUCAAAGAUCUUGAGGCGUUCACCCCACCAUAGGAGUCAGGACCUCUAAUUCUACAAAACCCAGAGAGGUGGAUGAAAGCACAAAUUCCCCCAGUGAGUCAUUGGGAAAGAUGCUCUCCUUUGUUCAGGUCCAUCAUGAGUGAGAAAUGGGACUCAAACUCUUCAGAAAACUGGCAUUAUAUUUGGAGUGUCAAUGGCACAAAAUAUCACCUAUACUCAGAUAUCAAUAUUACCUAUGUGAACUACUAUCUUCACCAGCCUCAAGUAGCAGCAGUCUUCAUCACUUCCUACUUUCUCAUCUUCUUCCUGUGCAUGGUGGGAAAUACCAUAGUUUGCUUUACUGUAAUGAGGAACAAGCAUAUGCACACAGUCACUAAUCUCUUUAUCUUGAACCUGGCAAUAAGUGAUUUACUGGUUGGCAUAUUUUGUAUGCCUAUCACGCUCCUGGACAACAUCAUAGCAGGAUGGCCCUUUGGAAGCACAAUGUGCAAGAUCAGCGGAUUCAUUCAGGGAAUAUCAGUUGCAGCAUCAGUCUUUACUUUAGUUGCGAUAGCUGUGGAUAGGUUCCGCUGUGUUGUCUAUCCUUUUAAGCCAAAGCUCACUAUCAAGACAGCAUCUGUCAUUAUUGUGAUCAUCUGGGUCCUGGCCAUUGCCAUUAUGUCCCCAUCUGCAAUAAUGUUACAUGUACAAGAAGAAAAAUAUUACCAAGUGAGACUCAACUCCCAGAAUAAAACCAGUCCAGUCUACUGGUGCCGGGAAGACUGGCCAAAUCAGGAAAUGAGGAAGAUCUACACCACUGUGCUGUUCGCCAACAUCUACCUGGCUCCCCUGUCCCUCAUUGUCAUCAUGUAUGGAAGGAUUGGAAUUUCACUCUUCAAGAUGACAGUGCCCCACACAGGCAAACAGAACCAGGAGCAGUGGCACGUGGUGUCCAAGAAGAAACAGAAGGUCAUUAAGAUGCUCCUGAUUGUGGCUCUGCUUUUCAUUCUCUCCUGGCUGCCUCUGUGGACACUAAUGAUGCUCUCAGACUAUGCUGACCUGUCUCCAAAUGAACUGCGGGUUAUCAACAUCUACAUCUACCCAUUUGCACAUUGGCUGGCCUUUUGCAAUAGCAGCGUCAACCCCAUCAUUUAUGGUUUCUUCAAUGAGAAUUUUCACCGUGCAUUCCAAGAUGCUUUUCACUUCCAGCUCUGCCAAAAAAGAGCAAAGCCCAAGGAAACCUAUACCGUAAGAGCUAAAAACAAUGUGAUCAUAAGUACAUCUCAUCAGUUAGCCCCAGGACCUGCAAUUCAAAAUUCACAUGAGGAAAAUUUGCUUUGUAGGAAAAGUGCUGAAAAACCCAACCAAGAAUUAAUGAUGGAAGAAUUAGGGGGAGUCACCCAGAGCAAUGAGAUUUUAAAAGAGCUGGUAUGAUUAUUUUAACUAUACAGUGUGUUAUAUAUAGAAAUACUAUUGCUUUCUAUAGCUUUGUACUUGAAUUCUAAGAAUGUUCUAAAGAAAAUAUGUACUGAAAGCCCUCUUUGAACAGAAGUGGAAUAGUCUUGUGUUCAUAUCCAAUCUUAUGGUAUAUAAAAUAUGUAGAGACUCACAUAUAAAUUUGCCUGGAUAAAUCCAUUUUCUAGGAACAAUUUUCAAAGCCUGACCUUUUCCAAUUUAGCCAAUUGGGUAGGAAUCAAACAUAUGUAUUAUGUGUAUACAAAUAUAGACCACACACACACUUGUUUUCUCCAAAUGGCGAUAAAUGGGCAGUUAUUUGCAUGAGAGUACAUUUUGUCAAUUCUCUUUUUGCUUUUGGAGUUAAAAUUUUAGACUACAAAAUUAUUUGUGCUUUUAAAAUACACUUAGCUUUCUGAGAAGAACUGCAAUAGCAAAUAGACACUAUUUCUUUGUGUUUAAGGUUGAUUUUUCUUUUAAAGAGUACAGUUAAAGUUGGUGAAAUCAUAACAUUGUUGGCUUUUUAAUAUUUUCAUAAAAUUCAUGCCGUAGCUGAACCCAUAUUUCUUAGAGGUGACGGGAUGCCAGUUUGACCCCCUCUCUAAUAGAAUCUCUGACAAAGAAGAAAAUCCUUUUUUUUUUAAUGUUUAUUUUUUGAGAGAGAGAGAAUAUGAGCAGUGGAGGGGCAGAGAAAGAGGGAAACACAGAAUCUGAAGCAGGCUCUGACCUGUCAGUACAGAGCCUGAUGCGGGGCUCGAAGACACAGACCGUGAGAUCAUGACCUGAGCUGAAGUCAGACGCUGAACUGAGUGAGCCACCCAGGUACCCCAAGAAGCAAAUCCUUUAGUAAUGCAACAUUUGGCCAACAUUGGAGAAUGAUCACUCUCCUUUGAAGGGCUGAGUCAAAGAUGUGUGACAAUCAUUAGUAAAGUCUGUGCAGAAAAAGACCAAUUAUUCCAGAUUUCCUGCUGGGUACAGCAAUUAAAUCCAGCACUCUUACUGAAUUAGUAAACUAAUACCACUGCUAAAAAGAGAAUUGCAAAUCCUUGGGUUCUGCUAUGUUUCAAUUAUGUAAUGGCAAUAGCUGUAAAUGUUAGCUUUUAUUCUAGGGUGAGAUUAGUCCCUAGAAAAUUUGAAAAUAAUAAAUAAUUUGGCAAAUAAAAAUUGCUUGGUUCAGGCCAAGAGUGAUGAAAAGUGUUAUUUCCUACAAUCAGGAAGGACAACUUUUGAAGUCUAGGUAUAGAAUUUGAUCAUCUAUUCCUUUGCCCCCAGUUACCGAAGUACUAUUUACAGUAAAUGUUGAAGGUUACUUUGUUGGACUCCUACUUUCUAAUGGGCAUCCUCACAUUCUGUCAGCACCUGAAACUCAUCAUCACUAAACCCCACACCCUUACUUGUCAUCUAACUACCUUCUAUCAACUUCAACCCCCUUUAAUAUGUGUAUUUCCACCAAUAGUCUGUUUGUGACAAUGUAGGUAUUAUCUAAAGUGAUAUAUUUUCUCUACUGUGCUCAUUUUCUUGAGUCCUCCCAAGCAGAGUUGUUAAUAUCCAUAUUCUUACUAACAGUCUGUUCAAGACAAUCUAGGCCACAAGCCACAGAGCACUAAACUUAAUAGAAUUUGCCUGACUAGAUUUCAGACUUUCUUGGGAUUAGUGACUUCUUUUUUCCUUCCAUUUUUCUCCCUUAUUGAACAGAAAUAUCUACAACUGUUAUUCCAUGCUUGUACCACCAUUGUGUUUUGGAAGCAGAUAACCUGCCUCUUUAGUUUCAGUGGUCCACAGAUGGACAGAAAUGGCGUCACUAAAUUUGUGAUAACAUGUUAUGGCAAAAAUACAAAAUACACUUCCUUUUCUUUUUUGUAGUUAAUUCUUUGAUAUGUUUGAAUGGAAAAACUGCUUAAAUACUAUAAUUUGUAUUUUUCUCUUACAAAAAAUACACUUCAAUCAUACCUCUGCCUGCCUUGAGCACUAGCUUCUUAAGGGAUUCCAGUUUGAGAAUGCCCUCCCUUCUAGGUGUGUUGCCCAUGCUGCUCCCUGGCUUAGGGACCAUGCUAUGGUGCAUUACCUUAAUGGGAGAUAAUGGCCUAUGAAUUACACCAUGUACAGAUGAAGCACAUGUUCAAUACAGCAAAAAAAAUAAGAAAAAUUCAGCUUCGGUGAACUUAUGCAGAAAGUUGUACUCCAAAGAGUAUAAAAAGCUGUAUGAAUUUCAGUAUAGAUCUAAGUUUUGUGUUUUAGUUUUUGAUUACAACGUGGAACAAGGAUCACCACAGUCAGUAAGACCAGCAUGACACAAAGGCAGUAUGUGUGGUAGUUAGGAUGACAGAUACUGGAGCAAGGCAGACAGGUUCAAAUCAAGGAUUCUCUGCUUGUUACCCAGUGCAUGAUUAUGUCGGAGUUACUUAAUCCCUCUCUACAUUGGUGUCCUCAUCUGUAAAAUGGGGUAAUAAUGGUACCUGUUCAUAAUUUUGUCUUUAAAUGAGUUAUAUUGCAUAAGACAUUUGAAACAGUGCUUAGCCUUCAAAUACUCAUGUGUGCAAUUUGUUACAUGUACUAGUCAGGUGGAAAAAGCCACAGUUCUUAAUCCUGGAUAAAAAACAUAAUCCCUGAGCACUUACUUGUGUGUCAGCUUUUACCUAAGUGUCACACAGUGAUUGGCUUACAGAGGCUGACAUAGAUGUAGCAUAUGAAUUCUAACUAAAGGGAAACUGGAAAAAAAUAAAUGUAAGUGAAAAUCUCAAGCCGGGAGGAAUGACAGUGGGCUAAAAAUGGACAAGAACUAUGCAUCACUUCUCUGUACAUUGCAUAUGUGCUUUCUUAUGUAUUUGCCUUCCUCUUUUAACUUUGGGCUUUUGAGGGCAAAGAUGCAGCUUUUCAAUCUUCAUAUCUCUAGAGCUCAGCAUGUUGUCCUAACGGUGUAGGUGAAUAAUAACUGAUUUUGAGUAAAUUGAAUAUCAGAACAAGUAUUCUUACUUAUGAAUUUGUUACUCUGCAUUCUUCAUUACGUCUAGGAUAAAACAUGAUGAUCUGUGAGUGUGAAUUGUAAUAAAAUAAAUAAAAAAUUUUCCCCAA